GGGAGUAAGUGGAGCAGCCGAGGCUGAGGACUUGUUGAAGUCACCACCCUGUUGUCGUUCUCAUGUGGAAGUCUUGCUCUUGAACAACAAUGAAUUCCUGGACGGAGAAAUAAGAGACUUGAUGCGACCGUGAGUACGUCGAUUGUGGGUAGAUUCUCCACUGAAAAUGUGGUUAAUGUGACUAUACCGAGGAUGGCCAAAACUUCAAAAGCUUGAUCCAGAGCUUCGUCGCCAGCUCAAUUCAAUACACACUCGCGUUACGGUCAAAGACAUACUUAAACACAGCAUCGAAGAUGACGCUCGCGGACGACGUCAACACAAUCUCUUCUUUUCUCUCCCAUGACCAGAUACAACUCGACUCGGGGUCUACAGGAAAUCAAAGCUACGACGCCAUUGUCCUCUGCGUCAGCGCAAUCUUCCAUUGUGCAGAAACACUCUUUCGAGCACUUCAACGGAACGGGCCACAGCUCACAAGUACAAUAAUUCUCUGUGGCGGCAUAGGUCACUCGACGCCAUAUCUCUACACCGCAGUAGCAAAUCACCCUCGCUACGAACACCUCUCAGCACAGAUCAAUGGCCUUUCAGAAGCUCAAGUCAUGGAGAAGAUCCUCGACGACUGUUUCUCCGGCCACGAUAUCGGAAAAUCGGGUGUGAGAGUGUUGAUAGAAGAUCAAAGCACCAACUGUGGUGCCAAUGCCAUCGAGACGAGGAAACUGCUACAAAAAAUCGGUAUCUCGGUAUCUGGAGGCAAGAUAUUGAUAAUUCAAGACCCGACUAUGAGUUUGAGGACGAAAGCAUCAUUUGAGAAGGCAUUUGAGGACGACGAAGUGAUUUUAGAGGCAUGUCCCACUUUCGUAGCCAAAGUCGUCGAGGUGGGCGGACGAUUGAGAUUUGAUGAGAAUGUAGAGGUCAAAGAGCGGGAUGUGUGGCAGAUGGACAGAUUUCUAGGCUUGAUUCUAGGGGAGGUGGCUAGAUUGCGAGACGAUGAGAACGGCUAUGGACCUCGAGGAAAGGGCUUCAUUGGACAUGUUGAUGUACCAGAUGCAGUACUCGAGGCAUAUGGGAGACUCGAGAAGGUCGUUCAGGCCACUAGAUGAGGUUCUGGAAACAGAAUACUACAGUGAACAUACUGCGCUCGACGAAAAACGUUUGGCGAGUGCCGACGCACGUCAGCGAUGCGUGCUACCUUGGUGUGACAGAAUCAAAGUGGUGCAGUGUCACGUCAAAAAUCCGAUAUGAUGAUAUGCUCUUUCCUCGACGACAUGAUUACAGAGUGGUUGGAAACGGAAA